CGCAGAAAUGGCAGAGAAAGGUGAAGGCAGAAGUGAAAAGAAAAUAGGCACCUACUCAUCGCCAAUUGCUUUCGCUUACAUCUUCAACCUCAUUGUGGGCGCAGGCGUUUUAGCUUUACCUCAGGCCUUUAAUAAAGCUGGUCUAGCAUUAGGUACCAUACUUCUCCUCAUUCUGUGUGCAAUGAGCUACAUCAGUGCUAGUUAUGUCAUAGAGUGUAUGGCUGCUGCUAAUGCUUAUGAGAGAAUGAGUAAGAGAAGAGAGAGGGUGAAGGAUAUGACAGCACAAUCGAGGAAACCGUUGAAUUAUUCAUUGAAGAGACGGUCACCUUCUCUUUCAAAGGAUAGUGGUGAUUCGCUUUCACACUCGAGUACAGAAGAA